AUGCUCCGAGACCAGCAAUCUAUUGUCCAGUGUUGCGGAUACAUAUCCGAAUGGAAAUUUAAUAUAAAAAAUCCAGGCACCAUAACAUUCCAGGUUUGGCGAGAAACUGGCCCAGGACGAUACACGCUACGUGGUGAAUAUGCCACUCAUUACAACACAGGCGAAGAGGACAGCGAGGUCGUUGUACGGACUACAUUUGACAAACACUUAGCUGUUGAUGUUGGGGACCACAUUGGAUGGUAUAAUGAAAAGGAAGCGAUGGUGGCAUUUGAAAUAGAUAGUACCGGACAAGGCAUUUUAAUUAACUCUGUUAACACGCCCGUUGACGUCAAAAACGAGAUGGACUGGUCCCAGGUACUAGCAACUGAGUCGCGAACAUAUGCCAUUCAAGCGAUUGUUUCAAAGGGAGUUGCACCUAAAUUCAAAAACUUAGACGCUGAUGUUGAAAUAUUUGAGCAUUUAACAGUUGGUUCAGAUAUUUAUCGUUUGCAAUUAGUUGACUUUGUGGAUGACCGAGUGCCAAUAACGUUUCGAAUAACCAUGAAUGAUAAUAUGAAUCACUUCGAGUUCAAUAGGUCGACUCUAACAGCUUACCUAGCGAAGACACCACCUGUUGGCAAAUAUAAUUUAGUAUUUACAGUAUCCGACCACUGCGGUUAUUCAGACACUGCUCUAUUGAAUGUUGUCGUUAAAAAACCAAAGCCUGCCAUUAUCAAUCUACCAGCUUCGGUAUCCGUGCGCGAGGAUAUUGGAUCGGUCGAGGUGCCUUUACUUAAUAUCUCAGUCGCAGACUCUGUACCCGUGAUAUGUGAUGUUAAGUCUGUAGAACCAACAGAAGAAUCGGCUUUCUUUUCGGUCAAGUCAAAUCGAUUUCAAGCAUCAUUAUAUUUGAAGGCAACUCAUAGUCUGGAUUACGAAAAGGUUCAACAAUAUGUCCUUACAAUUCAUUGUUUCAACGGACACGAUUCCGAUUCUGGUUUGGUCAACAUUUUAGUAGAGCCAAAUCAAGUGCCAACUAUUCAAAAUCUUCCAGCAACUGUAUCUGUCAGUUCAAUAAGGGUUAACUUCGGAGAUUCAGUAUAUCGGAUCACAGUUGAAGACGCCGAGAGAAAUACGGUGUCUCUCAAUUCGACCUGCGAACCACUUCCGUGUCCAUUUACCGUAACAAACGCCGGUUUUGUUAUUGUAGUUGGUAAUCUUUUCUCCGCUAUGUCGGACAUGUACAUAAUACACAUUGUCGCUAGUGAUACGUACAACACUGCGCCUCCCAAACAACUGGUUGUUAGCGUAUCUGACCGCAACACGCCGCCGUAUAUAUACAACAUACCAGAUAAUCUCAAAAUCGACCUUGCAGAAAAUCUACCAGUCGGAACACUUGUUUUACAUGUGUUAGCUUCUGAUGUAAAUCCUCUUGAUAAUUUGUUGUUUGCACUUCAAAUUCAACCCAGCGAAUUCUUUCCAUUUUUCACAAUAAAUGAAACAUCUGGAGAGAUUUAUAUUCGGUCCUUUAUUAAUUAUGAAUCGUUACAAGAAUCAGACGUCACAUUAUAUCCAUCAGUUUCUGAUGGACAUAAUACAUUCAGUACUGAUUUUAAAGUAUCCAUUAAUGAUAUCAACGAGCCACCAAGAUUUGAACACACAUCCUACUGGAUCAAGACAAAUGAAAGCAACGAGGGACGCGUGAUCAGCAAAGGGAUCAUUAAGGCAUCCGAUGAAGAUAAAGAUGACCAAGUGACCUACUCACUCGAAUGCGAUCUUGAUGAAGUUAAUAGCAUAUUUCAAAUGAACGUGGAAACAGCAGACAUAACCCAGACGUACAAUAUUGAUGUAGACCACUUAUUGACUACAGAACGUAACAUCACGUGUAGAGUUAUAGCCAGUGACAAGCUUAAAGCUACUGCAACCGCACCAUUGCGCAUCGUUGUAGCGGACAUUAAUGACAAUGGACCCUUGUUUGUCAAAUCAAGCCAUGUUUUUGUGGUGACACAGGAUACACCUAUUUUGUCCAGUGAGGAAAUGUAA